ACAAACGUCAAUUCCAUACGCUGAAGAUUUGAUUACACGCUCUUUUUUAUAAUUUUUUUUACGUUUUGAGAGAAAUAUGGCAAAGUCUUCGACGCCUAACGCGACGUCGUUUCCGGCUAUUAAACCUCAGGAUUACACUCACAGUCCGGUACACUACGCUGUCGCUGUAGGCGAUCACACCACUCUGUCCCGACUCGUCUCGACUCUGCCCAAACUCGCCGACCCGACUCAGAUCCACACCGAGUCCGACUCGCUCUCCCAGGAGAAACUCGCCGAUCAAAUCUCCGCAGUCGUCGACCGCCGCGAUGUGCCUUUUCGGGAGACUCCUCUCCACCUCUCCGUUCGCCUCAACGACGCCGUUUGCGCGCGAGCUUUAGCUCUCGCCGGAGCUGACGUGUCGCUGCAGAACUCCGCCGGAUGGAACCCGCUCCAGGAGGCUCUGGUUCGGCGGUGCUCCGACAUUGCUCUCAUUCUCCUCCGCCAGCACCACCGCUCCGCCUGGUCCAAGUGGCGCCGGAGGUUGCCACGUGUCAUCGCCGUGCUACGCCGCAUGCGCGAUUUCUACAUGGAGAUCUCUUUCCACUUCGAGAGCUCCGUCAUUCCCUUCGUCGGAAAAAUCGCUCCCUCAGACACGUACAAGAUCUGGAAACGCGACGGAAAUCUCCGAGCCGAUACUUCCUUGGCCGGCUUCGACGGCCUGAAAAUCCAGCGCGCCGAUCAGAGCUUCCUCUUCCUCGGCGACGGCGACCAGAGCCACGACAUUCCCUCCGGAACUCUCCUGGUCCUCAACCGCGACGAUCGCAAAAUCUUCGACGCUUUCGAGAAUGCCGGCUCUCCGAUGAGCGAGGCCGAUAUCGCCGGAUUCUGCGCUCAGACGAGCGUGUACAGGCCGGGAAUGGACGUCACAAAAGCCGAACUCGUCGGAAGAACGAACUGGCGCCGGCAAGAGAAGACCGAAAGCGUUGGCGAGUGGAAAGCUAGGGUUUACGAAAUCCACAACGUCGUUUUCAGCUUCCGGUCAAGAAAAGUCGCCGGUGGAGAUUCUGACGUGGCAGGUAGCGAGCAAGUGCUUCCUCUAGAGCUAGACGAAGACGACGACGGUUUCUUAGUAGCCGAGAAUCCGAGUUUCGGGUUUCCUUCUGCCGAUCAGAGAAGACACAGUAGCUUCGUUAGAGAAGAGAGGGAGUGGGUAACGGUGCCAAGAAAAAGCGUCGACGUUGCGUCAGUAACGGCGCCGCCGCGAAGGUCGGUUUCUACGGUGGCUCCGCCGCCACAAACCAAAGAGAAAGAGUACAUACGGAGUUUACGUCCGUCAGUUUGGUUAACGGAGCAGUUUCCGUUAAAAACGGAGGAACUGUUACCGUUACUCGACAUUUUGGCGAACAAGGUGAAAGCCGUUAGGAGGAUGAGGGAGUUGCUGACCACAAAGUUUCCUCCGGGGACAUUUCCGGUGAAGGUGGCAAUUCCGGUGGUCCCUACAGUAAGAGUGGUGAUAACAUUCACAAAGUUCGUUGAACUUCAACCAAUUGAACAGUUUUACACUCCAUUUUCAAGUCCAAGACAGUUACACCAUGGAGGACGAGGAGGGUUGUCGGAGGAGGAGCACAAAUCAGACACACAUUAUUCAUCGUUACCGUCGGCGUCAUCCUCCUCAUCGUCGAUGCCGUCGUGGUUGAGGCGAAGCAGUAGCCAAUCAGUAUCGACGAGUAAGCAACAACAUCAUCAGCAGCAGCAGCAACAACAGCAACGUAGUUGUUUGGGGGCACAAGAGUCGGACCCUUUUGCUAUUCCUAGUGGAUAUUCGUGGUCUAGCGUGGAUGAUAAGUCACGCAAAAUGAAGAAAUCUAAGUCCACUAGGAAAUCCAAGUGAGAUUGAUUUGAUUAUUUAUGUCCCAAAAAAAUGGCAAGAACAAAUCUAGAGUGGGAAAGAAAUUGUAACAUCACGUGCGGGGUUGGGUGUUGGGUGAAUUUGCGUGUGUUUAAUGAUUUGCUAGAUAGAGAGAGCAGAUAUACCGUUUAAUUUUUAACCAGUAGGCAUUAUGCUAUGUUUAUAGAAAAGAUUUUAGGCAACAUUUUGGGCCAAGAAAUUGCAACCCGGUUGGUUCAUUAAAAAUGGUUGCCCCCAAUUUUGUUCUUUUUUUGUUUUCUAAUUUUAUAUGCUACAUCUUAUUUGGGGUACU